UUCCUAAAGCUGCAGAUAUUACAAGUUCCUGGUUACACCAAUCUAGCAAUUACACAUCGCAAACCCUUUUUGAGCAGGUCCAGACCCUAACAACGGAUGGCUUAUCCUAAUAAACAUCUCAGCACUCAUGUUUAUUUUCACAUGGACAGGUCUUCGCAGAGCAAGUCAGAAGGUGACUUUAAUACUUCUGGUCCGCCAUUCGAGGCUGAACGGUCACGUAGCAACAAAGAAAAACCUUGGAACAAAGAGAACACGCCGCUUCGCUCUGUCAGGCCUAACCAACUUAAAAACAGCCGGUCGACCGAUAUCGUCGAAGGUUACUGCGCUAGUCAGCGGAUUACAAACAGCCAGUCGUCCGAUACUCCCGGAGAAAACCGUGCCAAACUGCGGUUCACCGAACCUUCAACCACCCGAAAAAUGGGAAGAGAGCAUUCCCGUCUCGACUUUGACGACUUUGAUGCCUUCUGCCAUACACCGACCAUGUUAUCUCCAGAAGAAAAGAGUAAACACAAACAUUGGUAUUGUGGUUUCUCCAUAGACAAGUAUGAGCAACAGUACCAAGACUAUUUGCAGCCUCUGAGUCAUCAGUCGCUACAAGUUCAGGAGACUACCUUGGAAGAAAAACCACUCGAUCGGAGGCAGACUAAGUCAGCACAAAACCGAACUCGAAGACUUAUGGAUGUGUCCAUAAAACCGAAACGUCCGUCAUCUACUACUAGUGGAUCAAGUGAAGCAACGGAAACGUCCAAACAGCAAGACUGCUUCAUAAUUCCUGCACAUUUUAUGCGGCGUUUCGUACCAUUUGGCAAAGAAGGCCAGAUCAGUAGCAUGCCUUCUCAAGCUUUAAGCAUGAUUGAAGUGCAAGACCCUAAAAUCUGCAUAAUCAUAGACUUCGGAGAGAAGGCAGCUUUCACCUCUCAGGCUCAUUUCUCACGUGCCUCGAAGUUAGACACCCCGUCUCGAGAUUGGAUAUCUACUCAGCUUGAGAUACAGAGGAAGAAAUUCCAUUUGGUUCGAAAGUCACAAGCUGCAACCGAAGGAAUGCUCUUGAUUAAUGUGGAACGAUGCAGUCAGUUUCCGUUCAUGACUUACUUGGUGUUGAAUAAAAAUCACAGCGACCCGAAACGGCUAACCGAUCAGUUAGAAGAUAGCUUUUCAACAUCAGAGAACCAAGAACAACUACAACAUUUAGCUGUCUACGAAGAGGUUGCGACAAUUGCUAGACCGCCACUAGACAUGUUACCCAAGACGCCAACAACAAAUAAAACCGGAUACAUUAUUUCAGCUUUUCGGGUGUUACCGGGAGAAGAUCGAGAAAAACUAGAACGAAGUUGGUUGACUUGGACGGGAGCAAGACAUCUUUAUAAGAACUUACCAGAGAACCUGGGAUUUCGGAGAAUCACGUUUCACAAAAAGAGGAUCCCUGAUCGGGGGAUCACCUACGUAUUGUUAUGCGAGUGUGCAGAGUUGAUGAAUUACGUCACCGAAGCUUGCGUGUACGUCGACCAAUUGCGAGCCAGAUGUUGUGGUUACAUCGCUUUCUUCAGAGUGGUGGAGAUGUUUUGAAAGAUUAAAGUAUCGAACAACUCUUAAGUUAAAACUUUGAUUUCCUGAGUGCCAUUCUUCCAUAGUGAACCUCCCCCUUCCCCCCCCCUUAUCAUAUUACUCAUGCAUUUGAUACAUUUUUCUUGGUUGUUUAACACGAUGAAGAACCUCAAGGCUAUUUAUUUGAAACACGAUGAAGAAUCUGAAGGUUAUUUAAUUGAAACACGAUGAAGAACCUGAAGGCUAUUUAUUUGAAUGGAACAAUUUCAACCACAAUUAACAUAUGGUUUACAGUUAAAACGUUUUCCAUUCUAUUGCAGUUUUUAUAUCAUUAUUCAACAACAUGAUUUUGUAAUGUUUGAUUGAGAAAACUGUUGCUUCAUUAUAGAAAACCAGUGCUGAAAAAAUCAAGUUAUUAUCGUAUAGAACACAUAGUGUUUGGUACAUUACACGUAAGGAGUGGAGAUAUAAGUCAUUGCAUCACCUGGUGUGGAUUCUUGUUUAUAAUGGGGUUUUUGGUGUGGUUUUUUUUUUAAAUUCAGACGCCCAUAGUGAGGAAUUGUAUAAAAAUUGAUUUUAGAAGAUUGAAGAUGUGCUACACCAUAGCUAAUUUCGAUAAAAAAAUUAAGUUAAAUGAUCAAUUGGAGUUCGGUAAGUGUUUCACACUUAUGCAAAAUAUCAUUUCACAAUCGAAAGAUACCGAAUCCGGCAUUAGAACCUUUUAAAGCUGACGUUGUAGGAUCCCAUAAAAUAAAGCAUGAAACUUUUCUGCUGAA